GUUCAGCAAUAAUAAUAUUGGAUCCUGUUCAAUAUUUUCAAUGGAAAGGAAAAAUGUUAUUCGUCCUCUUGAUCGGAGUAAUAAGUUCUAUUGAUGGCGCUUCUAUAGUCAAUGGGAAUCAUAAGGCAACUGAGCCAAGAUUGGGUGAUAUACCGUUUCAAGCUGGGCUCAUGCUGCGUAUCAACCAAUCAUAUUUGACAAUUUGUGGUGGAAGCUUGAUACAUCCGAGAUGGGUUUUGACAGCUGCCCAUUGCUUAGAGCAAGAUGGUCAAUUUUUUCCCACUAAAUCAAUGUAUGUGGCACUCGGAAGCAUUUACACCGAUGGCAAAGGCGCUCAAAAGAUUCAAGCCGAGACAUUGGUCAUCAACAAGAAAUAUUUCGAAUCUGGUGGCGGAUAUGAUAUUGGAAUGAUCAAGUUGAAGACGAAUGCAAAACUGACCAGAAAUGUCAAACUAGUUCGAAUUCACACUAAUAAUGACGAAUCUUUAGUUGGGAAAACCGCAUACCUGACAGGAUUUGGCAUCAUCAAUGAUUUUAAUCAACAACCGAUAAGAAUGAGAAAAGCUACACUGCACAUAGAUUCUCCAGCAAAGUGUCUGAUGAGCUCCUCACCGUAUCCAGAAAUUUGUUGCACUUCGACAAUAGUCGAAGGAAAAGCUUGUAGAGGCGAUAGCGGUGGCCCUCUAACAGUCAUCCAGAACGGAAGAUACCUCCAAGUAGGAAUAACUAGUCAUCUAUCUGUGCUACCAUUCUGCAGAAUAUCUUUCAAUAAUUCUGUAUACACACGGGUAUCGGCCUACAUUGCCUGGAUAUCCAAAGUCACCGGUAUAGAUUUUGCCAAAUAUAACCCAAAUUGA